AGUCUUCAACACCUUUCUCUUUUGUCUCUCUCUCUACAUUUUCGCAGAUAUUAUUUGGCAAUCGCUUCUAUAGCAAUCAUUGGCUCCAUUUGUAAGUCUUACUUGUCCCAUUAGUCUCUCUCUGGAUAGGGUAUACUGCGCUUACACUCUAUUUGAUUCCCGAUCCUUGACUCAGGAGAGUUGUUUUUCUCGCUCUUCUCCAUAUCAUGGCUCCUUGAUAGAGGGUUUUUAGAGAGAGAAAGUGUGUUUUUUUGUUGUUUCUUGAAAUGGGUAGGCUUUAUCUGAUUCAUUUGGACGGUAGGAUCUACGCUUGCAAGCACUGUCGAACCCAUCUCGCUCUGUGCGAGGACAUUGAAUCAAAGUCCUUCCAUUGCAGGCAUGGGAAGGCUUAUCUUUUCAAGAAAGUAGUGAAUGUUUUCGUUGGACCGAAAGAAGACCGGAUGAUGACUAGUGGAAUGCACACCGUCUCCGACAUCUUUUGCGUUGGUUGUGGAUCCAUCGUGGGCUGGAAAUAUUUGGUUGCCCAUGAAAAGGGCCAGAAGCACAAAGAAGGAAAGUUCAUAUUAGAAAGGCCAAAGGUGGAAGACUUUGAUGGAUCCAACUUUUGGGUGAGCCAUGAAGCACAAGUAGGGGGAAGUGAUGCAGAUGAUAGCUGACACAAAGCCUUGGAUUCAAAAUCCCCAGUUCUCUUGCAAUUGUACAUUCUCUCUCUCUCUCUCUCUCUCUCUCUCCAGAAAUUAAUGAAUAAUUUAAUUUUUAUGUUGUGCUUGGUUGGUAGCUAUUCAAUAAAAUAAAUGUUAAUUGAAAUGUAUGUACUAUUUGAGACAUUGUGGUUUAUGACAAUCUGCGUAAUACUUGUACAUCGGAAAUUAGGACCAUCAAUGAGGUGCCUUGUUGGAACUUGAAAGCUGAAACAAUUGUUUUGCAUCGCA